UCCAUAUAUCAGCCAAUCCCAGCGCAGCAGGGCGGAGCUGGCCGGAAUACGGGUGGGAUGUAAAAUCAGUAUGGCUGUAACCUGGCGACGAUGAAAAUGAACGCAGACCGGUUUACUCUGCCAACAGACGACUACUUAGCCGAGACCAAUGCGCUCUUCUACCUCAGUGAUGCGGUCACGCAGCUGCUGGAGCACCGAGAGGAGUACACCCAGUUCGGCAUCGUCCGCUAUUUUGCAGAAUACUUUACCAGUGUGAAGAAUGGAAAUCACGUCCUUUUCAGAGAAUUCAGCUACAUUAAAGCUACGCCACACAACAGAGCUUCCUUCAUCCACAUCUUCUGGAAGUGCUACAGACAGAUUGGAAAAAAUGGAGACUUGCUGACGGUGCUGGAAUACAGUUCGCUGCUUCAGCUUCUGUGCCCAGACUUCCCUGCAGAAGUGGUGCAGAACACAGCCAGGAUUGUUCUCAUGGACGACGCUAUGGACUGUCUAAUGUCCCUCUCGGAUUUCAUCUACUCUUUCCAAAUCCAGUUCUACUAUGAAGAGUUCCUGGAGAGUGUGUUGGUGAUUUAUGAGGACCUGCUGGAGGGGAAGAACCCAAAUACAGUCAUCGUCCCAACGUCCUCGUCAGCGGAGCCGCUGUCCAGCACGGCCAGUGAGGAUAUGGACACGCAGGAGGGGGUGGACUCAUUCGUUUUCCUUGAGUGCAUCAAGGGCCUCUGCGAGCGCUUCAAACACAAACAUCCCUCCAUCUCUGCCAUUAAGGAGGUUCUAGAGGGCAACCCGCGUGUGUCCUACUACAGCUUCCUGAUGGCUUUGGCCAAGCAUGAGGGAAUCAGCCAGGACAUCGGAGCCCUUCCCAAUCGAUCGGACCUACUCAUGGACCCAGAGAUGGAUCAGGAGCUGGAGAGGCUUGUUGCUCAGGUGGCCAUCAGCCCCACGUCCAACAGCAGCAGCAGCGCGGCCGGACUGAAGGAGCCGCCCAAAAAGGCCUCGCCCCGCAAAUCUCUACACCAGCGGCGCAGGAUCGAGAUGGAGAGCGACGGCUCCACUGAGGAGACCGACUCCUCUGAGAACUGACACAGAGAUCUUUGAUUAUGAAACAGUAGCAGUUAUUUUUCUUUCCUAAGGAGGAAUCAUUACUUCAUACUUUCUGCUCCAUUCUAGAGAAACUGGCCAGGGUAGAGUUGCUCACAGUGGUGGUGAUAGGAACCAGAUGUCGGAAAUGUUUACUGGCUGUAAAAGCUACAUUACAGAAAGCCGAUGAAUUUGCUUGACAUCUGAGACGUUGUUUUACAGUAGUUUUGAAAAGACUGGGGACUAAAAUCUAAAUAUUGUGUUUUUUCAGAUUUAUUAUUAUUUUACCAUCAACAUUAUAUAUAACUCAGAAGACACAAGUAGAGUCACUGGUGGUUUUGGCUACAUAAAAGGUCUAUUAAUUAACAU